UGGGAGAGGAAGAAGCAGGCUCCCAGCAGAGGAGCCUGAUCCGGGGCUCAAACCCAGAAUGCAGGGAUCACGCCCUGAGCCGAAGGCAGACGCUUAACAACUGAGCCACCCAGGCACCCCCCAGCAAUCUCUUUAACAGAUUUGCACGAGAGGCUGGUGUUCCUAACGUUGAACCAAACUGGGGAUUCUGGGGGUUGAAUGGUUACUAGGCUGAGAAGUCUGUCUGUCCACACUUGCUUUCCUGUUUUUCUUAAAUGCAUGUGUACACUGUGCUUGGUGAGCCAGUUACGUUGGUUUUUCAAGGGUUACAUAGACGUAUGCAAUUUCCUCUUUUAGGCUAACUUUACAACUUCACCAGGCCUUCCCCUCACCCCACGUAUACAUUCUCCAGUGUACAUAGUCUCUCUGUGACAUUGCCACACCUCAAUGUCACAACCCCGCCCCGAUAUGCGUCACAGUGUCCGGGGUUCCAGACACGUGGAACAGCCGGAUAUCCUGUGAAAACGCGCCCAGACGCCAGGGGCGCACUCUGAGCCGCAAUGGGGGACUGGAAAGGCUAUAUCAGUGCGGUGCUGCGAGACCAGCGCAUUGACGACGUAGCCAUCGUGGGCUACUCAGACAAUCGCUGCGUGUGGGCAUCGCGCCCAGGAGGCCUUCUGGCUGCCAUAUCACCGCAAGAGGUGGGUGUGCUCACAGGGCCUGAUCGGCGCACCUUCCUGCAGGCCGGCCUGAGCGUGGCAGGCCGCCGCUGCUGCGUCAUCCGCGACCACUUGCUGUCUGAGGGCGAUGGAGUUCUGGACGCACGCACUAAGGGGCUGGAUGGGCGUGCGGUCUGCGUGGGCCACACCCCGCGCGUGCUCCUCGUGCUCAUGGGCCGACGGGGCGUGCACGGCGGCAUCCUCAACAAGACAGUGCAUGAACUGAUCAAGGGGCUGCGCACACAGGGCACCUAGCAGGACCGCUAGGCUGCUGUGUGGCUGGAACAAAAUAAACUGGUGGGCGUGGCUGGCUCAUCCUAUAUUUGAGCGCAGGGCAGUUGCAGAUGGGCCAACCAGUUUCCGCGGAAGAUUCUUGCAGGGGGGAGUACCUGAUGGGGCUGGGAUUCUGAGUCCAGAGGCUUCCCAGCCUCCUGUACCCUAGACCUGGCCCUCUUAUCCAUGAGUGCCCUGCAGAGGCCUCUAGCCUGACUUCCCAGAGUCCUUUCCCAAAAAAGCUUUCCACACCUCUGUACAAGACACACUAUAAAGGGAGCCCUUCCCAAAUCCUAGCACCCCAGCUAGGCCCCAUGGGGUCAGGGAGUCAGGCUGGAGGCCUGUGUACUUCUCACCCCUUCCACUUGGGAGGAGGAAGCCUUUGUAAGUGUUGUGAGUGGAUGAUGGAGUAGGGCUGGUAGCUUGGAGAGCAGCUCUGGGGCUCCUGGGUUCUUGCAUAUCCUCCCACAUACCCCAAAGGGAGUGGAAGGAGAACACACAUCCAAGACCAUCACAGUGAGUUCUAGGGCCCUAGGGCCUUCCUUCCCUCUUGGCAUCCAAAGGCCCCAGAGGACUCCCUGGGCUAGAAGGGAGGACUUAGGUGUCCCCUGCCCCUUGACCCUAACCCUGAAGGCCUCAGCUCCAGGGCCCCUAUGGAAAAGGAGGAAUUGAAAAUCUUGGAUGGUUUUAAGUGGGGCUUGGUUUAUUGCCCAAAGGUAAAGGACAAAGGUGGGAGGGAGGGUGGCUAGUCCCUGCCCACUACGCACUGGGGCCCAGAGCAUGGCCUCUCUUGCCCAUUUUCACCUUCCCUGCCCCCUUCAGUGUCUCCCGACAAGCUGCUACCUGUCACUUGUUUUCUGGAACACUAAUCUUAUCCCAGAAAGGGGGAGGGAGUCCAGAGGCAGGGAGAGACCAGAGGAAGUCAGCUAGAUGGGGUGGGUGGGGAUGGCCCUCCUAUACUUGCCUUGGGGGUGGUCCCAGGCCCUAGGAGGGACUCCCAGGAAGUCUGAAUCAGGGGUUGGACUCAUUAAGGCAGGGGUGAGCUUGCAGGAAAGAGUGCUGCUGAGCCCCAAGCCAUGGUCUACCUCCCAACCCAGAUGGAGAGCACACAGACUUGUAAAUGCCUAAUGAGAGUUUAAUUCCUUUUUCAUCACGCAGUAUCCGGAAAGGGGGUUGUAGCCGUGCUGCAGAACAGCUGGGUGAGGAUGAGGAGAGUGGUAUAAUGGAGCAAGGAAGGUGACAGGGAGGGGUGAGAACUCAGCCAGUGACUCAGGCACCCACAUCUCUGCACAAGCAAACAGCUGCAAGUCAUGUCCUCAGACCCACCCUUACUCCCGCUCUGCCGAGUUGGAUUUGUGUGUACAGGAGAACCAAGCACAGGCCUCCAAACAAGACUCCCUUAUGGGCUGCAGACUCAAAAUCGUAGCCAGGUACCCUGUAGCCCGCACACAGCCCCCCACAGGUACGUCAGUCCACACAUGCAGGAUGACACGGUCUCACUGGACAUGCCCACACACGCACACACGCUGACUCUGUCACACGAGCCCAGAGCUCUGAGGACCCGCACAAGGACAGGCCCAUGCCCAGAGUGCACGGACACAUCCCACUGCCCUUCCACAGUGGGGACCAAACACUGGC